AUGGGCAGCUUACUCCUAGUCGCGGUCUCCUUCUACAUCUUCUGCGCAUAUGUUACUCUGGCAUCAUCGCCCUGGUCGAAAUCAGACGUCGAGGAGCUACUAGAUUCAGCAUUGAGCUGUACGGAAGGCGUCUUUGGGAACGGAAGCGAAAGUUGGGGUCAAUACUCACCUUACUUCCCCGUCGACCCGUAUACGGCGCCACCGGUCGGAUGCGAAAUCACGCAGGUCAACAUUCUACAACGGCAUGGCGCACGGUAUCCUACCAAAUCCAAGGGAAAGGACAUGAAGGCGGCACUCGAGAAGAUCCAGUCGGCGUCGAGCUUCUCCAGCGAUCUCAGCUUCAUCCCGGACUUCGAAUACACUCUAGGCAAGGAUGACCUGGUCCCGUUCGGCGCGCAAGAGUCAUUUGACGCAGGUGAACAGGCAUUCCUGCGGUAUGCGUAUUUGAUCACCUCGGAUAACCUUCCGUUUGUGCGCGCGUCAAGCAGUCAACGCGUCGUGGAUUCAGCCACAAACUGGACAGCAGGCUUUGCCGCCGCAAGCAAUCAAACCUUCGCGCCCGUCCUAUCUGUGAUCAUAUCUGAAAAUGGCAACGACACACUCGACGAUGCCUCCUGCCCCGCGCUCAGCUCGUCACCCCUGCCCGGCUCGGAGACGGACGUCUGGAUUACGACGUACACGCCGAACAUCACCGCCGCGCUCAACGCGGGUGCGCCGGGCGCUGACCUCGACGCGGACGACACGCAGUAUCUCAUCAAUAUGUGCCCGUUCGUGAGCGUCGGCACGGGCAACCGCAGCGAGUGGUGCGACCUGUUCGACGACCUGGACGCGUUUAGCGGGUACGAGUACUGGGGAAGUCUGGACAAGUACUACAACACCGGCUACGGCCAGCCGCUGGGCCCCGUGAACGGCGUCGGCUACAUCAACGAGCUCCUCGCGCGCCUGACCGACACGCCCGUCAACGACAGCACGUCGACGAACAGCACGCUCGACACGUCGCCCGCGACAUUCCCGCUCGGGCGCGCGCUCUACGCGGACUUCACGCACGACAACCUCAUGAUCGCAGUGUACGCCGCGAUGGGCAUGUUCGCGCAGUCCGCGCCGCUGAGCAAAACAGAGCGGACGGAGGGCACGGGCGCGGGCGGCGCGACGACGUGGGUCGCGAGCAAGCUCGUCCCGUUCGCCGCGCGCAUGGUCGUCGAGCGCUUGAGCUGUGCUGCGGGCGCGGUGAGCACCAGCGCGGGGGAGGGCGCGGAGGGCGAGUAUGUGCGCGUGUUGGUGAACCAGGCGGUGCAGCCGCUCGCAUUUUGUGGGGCGGGCAGCGAUGGAGUGUGUAGCCUGGAUGAGUUCGUGGAGAGUCAGGCCUAUGCGCGCAAUGGGGGCGACGGGCAGUGGCAGGAAUGUUUUGAAUCAUCGUGAAGUACUUACUUUGUCCAUUUGUAGACCAGUCGAUGCAGGAACGCGUAAAAUCUCCACACCCAUUUGUCGACGAAUAUAUGUUACAAUACUCA